UUCAACAACAUUGUAACUUUGCAGCAUUAUAUGCAACAAAUAUACCCCUCUUACAGAAGCUUCCUGAGCAAUAACACACUGGACUCUGAAAAAUUGUUCUGCCAAACCUAGAGGUGGUUUUUUAUCUUCAGUGUUAACCCCCCAGGAUAGAGCUCAAACCAUAGACAGCCUCUCGAAUUUCCCUCAAGUUGUUUCGCCACUACAUGCUCCUCGCUCUCUGCGUAGGGUUACUUUCAGUAUUCCACGGAGCCGCCUUCCGUCAGGUCCGGCACAUUCAACAAUAUCCCCUUUCCUCUCAACCCGAAUCCUUCGCAAUCGCGAACUGCAUCCUCAAGAGAUAUACCAAUAUGGCCUGGCAGAGCUCGGGAAACUCAAAUUCGCAGCUGAUUAACAAUCUAUUUAAGAAUGGUCUUAUCAAGCAUGAGAGGGUGAAGAGUGCUAUGCUUGCCGUCGACCGCGGCUACUAUUCUCCUUCAAGCCCGUAUGAAGACUCCCCGCAAACAAUCGGCUACGCGGCCACAAUCUCGGCACCACACAUGCAUGCGCACGCGUGCGAAUUACUCCUCCCAUACCUGAACCGGGAUUCACGUGUGCUGGACAUUGGCUCGGGCUCGGGCUACUUAACCCAUGUUUUCGCCAACCUCAUUACAGACGAUGCUUCUACUCCGUCUAAGGGUAUUGUUAUCGGCAUUGACCACAUUAAGGCCCUAGUCGACAUGUGUAAUACAAACAUGGCCAAAUCCCAGUCGGGCCGCGAUCUUCUCGAGUCGGGAAAAGUUCGUUUUGUCCUUGGCGAUGGCAGGCUAGGGUAUCCAGAGGGCGGACCUUAUGACGCCAUCCACGUUGGUGCAGCGGCAGAGAUGAUACAUCCGACGCUGAUUGAUCAGCUCCGCGCGCCUGGCCGUAUGUUUAUUCCUGUCGAGUCUGCGGGGGGAAAUGGAGUGGGGUCGUUUGGCCUGGGUGGUGGCACGCAGAAUGUGUGGGUUGUGGAUAAAAAUAAUGAUGGCAGCGUGGUAAAGGAGAAGAUUUUUGGGGUUAGUUAUGUGCCGUUGACAGAUGCACCGAAAGAGAGGGUGUGAUGGCGUCAAACAAUGUGAGCGAUGAAUAAUUCGGUUUUCAUGUCUCACUCUCCAAUUAUAUUUUUAUGCAUAGCUUUUAUUAUUAUUAUUAUAUAUCGUAUUAUUAAUCCUUCAAAAUUUGGUUAUGGGAGAAGGGGUUUUCUCACUUCCAAGGUCUAUUACAGAUGCCUGAAAUUCGGCUCGCAUAACGAGGGGAAACGAGCUAAAGAAUUGGCCAACUAAUAAAUGACACACUCAUUCGUUUUAUUUCCUACGAAAGGUCAACCAAAUGAAACCCAAUCUUUCCCUCUCAUGAAAGGAACGUAAGGCGAAGGACAGCCGUUUAGCUCAAUAAAGUUCCUAAAAGAGAAGGUCAUAAAGGUUAUGUUUUACAGGCAUCCAUGAUCAGAACCCUAUGUAACUUGUCGUCUGUAGUUUGAACAAAGUGCCCUUCACCAAUUCUAGCAAAAGGAGAUAACAAAGAAGUGAUGGAUAUGUACAGAAAAUGACGCGUAAGACCGGAAAAGCUACAAGUAAAAGAGAGUAGUUGAUGAUGAUAAGAGAAAUGAGCAUUUUUAGCCUUGAAAUCUUCCUGAGGGACGAGAGAGGAGAAAAGGAAAACAAGGAGAAUAUUGAGAUUGUUUGGGCGGAACAGGGGCGGGAAAGGGAAAGAAGAAAACGACAUGCUAUAAACAACAGUGACGAGAUGGGAAAUAGGAAAAGACGAAACCAAUAUAAAAGAAUAUAUUAACCAAACGGAAAUCCUCCAGGGAAAUUAAAGCCUCCACCUGAAAACUUAAAAUGCGGGCCUCCGCUUCCCUGCUGGAAAAAGAAUUGUUGUCCCUGGCCUCCAUGAGGUCCGAACGGACCGCCCUGGAACGGGUUGCCCUGGCCCUCUGGUUUAUUAGGGUCUUCGCCACUAUCGAAACGAGCGCGCAAUUCGGGGUUCGAAAGGACUUCAUAUGCCUCAUUAAUGGCAGCCAUUUUCUUCUCCGCAUCCUCCUUGGAAAUACCUUGUGAAAUCGCUUUAUCCGGAUGGAAUUGUUUGGUCAUCUUGCGAUAUGCACGCUUGAUAGUCCUGUCGUCCGCCUCACGGUCGACAGCGAGGAUCUUGUAGUAGUCCUUUUGUUUCGAGCGUUUAAGGAGGAUCUGAGCUUUCUGGUGGAGGGAUUGGAUAUCUUGAGUGUUGUCGUGGUGCUCCCUGGCAAACUUGAGGGUUUGAAUAGCCGCUUCAAAUUCAUCAGCGUCGAGCUGCGCUUCGGCUUUGGAGAGGAGGCCAGGGAGGGAAUGGGGAUUCAGCUCCAAGGCUUCUGUGCAGUACGAUUGUGCUUUUUU